CGCUCCAGCUCUAUUUUCCACCGGCAGCAAUGCAAGCUGGCUAGCUCUUCCCCAACCGGCUCUUGAAAUUCCUGUGGCGGAGGUUCCUGGCGUGGCCGGUAGAGAGGGAUGGAAGACAGCCACUGCAAGAAGAGCCGAGAAACCUGAGCAGAAGAGGGAGAGAGAGAGAGAGAGAGACACACACACACACACACACACACACACACAUACACAUCCACAUUCAGACAGAGGCAGACACCGCAAAGCUUGGGAUAGAAGCGGCCAUUACGGCUGGGAAGCAUGCUGGGAGCUUGGGCGGCUCGUCUCGGAUCCUCAGGACGCCGACACAGCCUGGGAUAGCAAGCCGGAGUGCGGGGACGGAAACAGACACACUCCCCCCCUCCCUCCCUCCACGGACACUCAUCUGUGGUGUGUUGGCUACACUCCCUCCCUCACCGAAACACAAAAAGCAGCAGUCGCCGGUUGGAAGCCGAUAGUCAAGGAGGGGACUGGUCGGAGACAACACACCGAGCGAUGCGACUGUGUGUUCCCGCACACACACACACACACACACAUACACCAAUACGGCGAUAAUGGAUAGAUAGCGUUUAUGUAACCGUCAUUCAAGUAGAUACUCGCCUCUUUAACGUCCUACAUUUUCAUAAAUACGCGCUCAUUUAAGGUUUUUGUUGUGCUUUUUUUAUUUUCUCAAGUCUCCCUACGGAUUAUCUAACCCUGUUUUUGAAGUGAGCUACACCGGGAAUUUUGAGUGCGUCAAUGCAUCAAAUUCACUAGUUUGACACAAGGUGUUGCUGAAUUGGACGCCGGAGGAGUGAAGGAGCCGGAGCUGGGGGCUUGACGCGCAGCAACGGGACCGGGUCACUGCGGUAGUCUGCAGGCCGACCCCUCUCUACUCGCAAGCCGGCUUGGAGAGCCACCAUGGCUGGGUUCAUACCGGGUCUACUGCCGACAAACCAUUCCCAGGAGAAGGAGUUCGCCCAGGCGUACGAAGAUGUGCUGGAGAGAUACAAAGAUGAGCGGGACAGGGUGCAGAAGAAAACCUUCACGAAAUGGGUCAACAAACAUCUCAUCAAGGUGAGGAAGCACAUCACAGACCUGUACGAAGACCUGAGGGAUGGACACAACCUGAUUUCCUUGCUGGAGGUCCUCUCUGGUGUCACCCUGCCCAGAGAAAAGGGGCGGAUGAGAUUUCAUCGAUUACAGAACGUCCAAAUAGCGCUGGACUUCCUCAAACAGAGACAGGUCAAACUUGUAAACAUCAGGAACGAUGACAUCACAGACGGGAACCCCAAACUGACAUUAGGUCUCAUCUGGACCAUCAUCCUUCACUUCCAGAUUUCAGAGAUCUAUGUGAGCGGAGAGUCAGGCGACCUCACAGCCAAAGAGAAACUGUUAUUAUGGAGCCAGCAGGCGACAGAAGGCUACCCCGGCCUCCGCUGUGUCAACUUCACCUCAUCCUGGAGCGACGGACGCAUGUUCAACGCUCUGCUGCACAGAUACAGGCCAGACCUGAUCGACAUGGAGGUGGUGUCACGGCAGAGUAACCGUGAGAACCUCGAGCAGGCCUUCGAGAUCGCCGAGUCGUUAGGGGUGACCAGACUGCUGGAUGCCGAGGACGUUGAUGUUCCAUCUCCAGAUGAGAAGUCGGUCAUCACCUACGUCUCCUCCAUCUAUGAUGCCUUCCCCAAAAUCCCAGAGGGAGGAGAGGGCAUCGCCGCACACGAGGUGGACCACCGCUGGUCAGAGUAUCAGUCCAGGUUCACCUCUUUGCUCCAGUGGAGCCGCCAGCAUACGGCCCUCAUGGCCAACAAGAACUUCCCUCAAAAUCCUGUGGAACUCAAGGCACUUUACAACGAGUACGUCCAUUUCAAAGAGACAGAGAUCCCCGCGAAGGAGAGGGAGAAAGGUCACGUCGAACACCUCUACAAACUGCUGGAGGUGUGGAUAGAGUUUGGUCGUAUUAAGCUUCCUCAGGGCCUCCAUCCCAAUGACCUGGAGGAGGAGUGGGGCAAACUAAUCCUGGAGAUGCUGGAGAGAGAGAAGGCUCUACGGCCUGCGGUGGAGAGGCUAGAGCUGCUGCUUCAGAGAGCCAAUAAGAUCCAGAACAUGGCUCUGGACUGUGAGGAGAAACUCACCCUCGCUAAGAACACGUUACAGGCUGAUAUGUCUCGAGUAGAGAGCGGCGAGCCGGUGCAGUGUGAGAGAGAACUGGCCUGUUACCUGCAGGACUGCGAGUCUCUGAUCAGACAACUCAACCAGGAGCUCAAAGUCCUCCGAGAUGAGAAAUACUACCAGGUGGAGCAGCUGGUGUUCAGAGUUUCCUGCCUUCAAGAGGAGCUGGUCUCCCUCAGACUGCAGUGCUCCAGCGUCUACAGGAAAGGCCACUUCACCCAGGCCCUGGGGAGCACCGUGACAGAGCAGACCAGCCAGCGAGCCACUGACAGCGGCCUGUCACUGGGCCAGACCUUGCUGGGAGCUGUGGGUGCUGUGGGAGCUGUCGGCGCCGCGCUCCUGCGGCGGCCCAUGGCCCGCUCUCAGCUCGUGGCCAUGUCUUCAUCGGAGGACGAAGGCAGCCUGAGGUUCAUCUAUGAGCUGCUCGGAUGGGUGGAGGAGACACAGGAGCUGUUGGAGCGUGCCGAAUGGGGAGCAGAUCUUCCUUCUGUAGAAAACAACCUCCAAGAGCACAAUAACAUACACACUGCAGUCGAGGAGCUAAUGAGCAGUCUGCAGGAGGCACGCAACUACGAGGCUAAAGUCUCUCCCAACUUCAAGAGCAAUUACUCUGAAACCCUGGCCAAGCUGGAGCACCAAUACUGCAAACUACUGGAACAUUCGUCAUGGCGCCUGCGGAGCUUGGAGAGCCUGCACGCAUUCGUGUCGCACUGCACUGAGGAGCUGAUCUGGCUCAACGAGAGGGAGGAGGAGGAGAUUGCCUACGACUGGAGCGACAACAACACCAACAUAAACGCCAAGAGAGAAAUAUACAGCGAAAUGAGGUUAGAGCUGGAUGAGAAACAAGAUGUGAUGCGAUCACUCCAGGAAACAGCCAGCCGUCUGUGUCAAGAGAACCAUCCUGCCAAACAGACUGUGGAGGCCUACAGUGCGGCGCUACAGACUCAGUGGCAGUGGGUGGGCCAGCUGUGUGUGUGUGUGGAGCAGCAUCUCAAAGACAAUACAGCUUACUUCCAGUUUAUGAGCGACGCACGGGACUGUGAGUCGUACCUGCGUCAGCUCCAGGAAACCAUCAAGAGACAGUACACCUGUGACAAGAACAGCAGACUGAGCAAACUGGAAGACCUGCUGCAGGAUUCAAUGGAGGAGAAAGAGCAGCUGAUCGAGUACCGGAGUACGGUGGCGAGCCUGGUGGGUCGGGCCAAGACGGUGGUGCAGCUCCGCCCCCGCAGCGCAGAGAGCACCCUGGGAACGACCACGCCCAUCAAAGCCAUCUGCGACUACAGACAAAUAGAGAUCACGAUAACCCGAGGUGAGGAGUGUGUGCUGGAGGACAACUCUCAGAGGACCAAAUGGAAAGUGAUCAGUCCCACAGGGAACGAGGCCAUGGUCCCCUCGGUGUGUUUCACCGUCCCGCCUCCAAACCAGGAGGCCAUUGACACAGCCAGCAGGACAGAGCAGUUGUACCAGAAGGUCAUGUCUCUGUGGCAUCAGCUCCAUGUAAACAUGAAGAGUGUGGUGUCCUGGCACUACCUGCUCAAAGACGUCAGGACUGUCUCCGGAUGGAACCUGGACUCGGUUCGCUGCCAGUCUCCGACAGAGCGGCAGCAGGUCCUGGAUCACCUGGAGUCUCAGUUGGCCGAUUUUCUGUCUGACAGCAAAGAGAGCUCUCUGUUCACACCGGCCGAAAGGCGAGAGCUGGAGACGGACGUUCAGCAGGCCCAGCAGCACUGCCAGGAUCUGCUGCUCAACAUGGAAACCGUGGAGAAGGACGAGUCAGUCUCUCGCUCGUACCUGUCGGAGCUGCAGAACAUCACGCUGCGUCUAAACGAGGCUGAGAAGAGACUGAUGAAUGCAAUUCAGACUCCGCCCCCCAGCCGGCUGUCAACAGACAGCCUGGACAGCACGGUCCAGAUUGCAGAACAAGAGAAGCUGCAGUCAGAGCUUGACGCCCUGCGCUCCAGUUUGGGAGACGUAUCUCGUCGUUGCGUCAGUUUCUUCGAGGAGAAGCCGUCGUCGUCCAGCAUUCCUGUCCUGCGGUCUGAACUCACUCUGGCCGUGGAGAAGACAGACAAACUGCACAACCUCUCAUCCGUCUUCCUAGAAAAAUUAAAAACAAUAGAGGUCCUGAUGCAUUGCCUGGAGGAAGCAGAAAGCCGGGUCAGGAAGUAUGAGAGCAGACUAAGUGAAGAAGACAUUGUUCCUGCUGACACAACGGCCAUUCAAAACCUCAGAGAUCAACUAGGGAAGUGGAAGACUGAGCUCGCUGAGCAGGAGGGCAUCUUCCAGUCGCUGCAGUCGGAGGUCGGUCGUGCCACAGAGGUGGGGUCUCAGCUCAGCAGGCUCCACCCAGACCGCAGCCCUGAGCUGGAUCGCUACCAGGAGAGAGCCAGUCAGAUGGCAGACCGGUGGAAAGCAAUCAAGAAACAGAUCGACACACGACGGACAGAUCUGGAGGCUCUGGGCUCAGUUCUGCAGCAGUACAGAGACGGUCAUUCUGCUCUGGUCAAGUGGAUCGAAGAGACGACAGAGAGACAAGAAAAUACACAACCUGGACAGGCAGACAGCAAAGCGCUGUCUGAACAACUGGCCCAGCAGACAGCAUUAGUAGCUGAGAUUGAACAGAACCAGACCAAACUAGAUGAGUGCCAGACUCACUCCAAACAGUACUGCACCUCAGUGAAGGACUUUGAACUACAGCUGAUGACCUACAGAGCCUUCGUAGAGUCUACACACAAGUCGCCUGUCAAGAGGAGGAGGAUGCACUCUUCUUCUGACGCCAUCACUCAGGAGUUUAUGGACUUGCGCACGCGCUACACAGCUUUGGUCACCCUGACAACCCAACACGUAAAGUACAUCAGUGAUGCACUGAGAAGACUAGAGGAGGAAGAGAAAGAGGUAGAGGAAGAGAGGCAGGCCAGAGUGGGCCAGGUUUCAGACCUACUUGGCUGGGUCAAAGGCCUCCAGGGACGAGCUGGGGGCCCCAACGCUGAGUCUUCACUUGCUGCUCAACAGGCCAUCAGUGAACAACUAGCAGCCAAGAAAGAUGAAGUGGCUGAAGCCAUCAGGAGCACACAGGUCUUCCUGCUGUCUAAACAGGCUAGCAAGUUGUCCCCAGAGGAGCGCGCUCAUGUGGAGGCCCAGCUGGACGAGUUGAAGGCCACCUACAGCCAGCUGUGUGAAAGCUCCACCCAGCAGCUGCAGCAGCUGGAGCAGCAACUUGCCAAAGAGGAGGAAAGAAAGAUGCAUACUGCCAUUGCUGGAGUAAUCGACCUGGGAACAGUGGAAAGGUUCUCAGUGUUCCAAGCAGCCCAACGGGGUCUUAUUGACCAGGACACCUGCCAUACACUACUGGAGGCCCAGCUCAUUAUCAUGGGUGGGCUACUCCAGCCUGGUGCCCCUCUCAGUCUUUCACUGGAACAAGGUCUGGUUCAAGGCCUAAUUGACACCCACACCAAGCAAUAUCUCUCUGAGCUAGAGAGUGCUAUGCUAUUGGUGGAAAAUACUAAGUCUACAGGUGACCAACAGCAAAAUGUGUUGCCAGUAGCUACUGCCAUGGAGUUUGGGCUCAUCAGAGAGGAAGUGGGACUUCGUGUUCUAGAACUCGAAAUGCACACGGGAGGGCUGAGAGACUCCACAGGAAAAAUUAUGAGUUUGGAGCAAGCAAAAGACAUGAGACUGUUGCCUCCCAGAACUCUCACCAAACUGCAGUCAAGGCUGCAACAUAAAGAGCUCAUCAAUCCAAACACAGCUGAAAAAUUAAACCUACAUGAGCUACAACAGUGCUGUGUCCUUGACGAUGACUCGGGUCUUCUUCUCCUCCCUGUCAAACAGCAACCUGGAGGAACUGUCUGCCUCCGCUCUGGUAGAAAAGUUGGCAUCUUCCGUGCAGUCCAGGAAGGGCUGAUUGAUCGCAAAGUAACUGUACGACUUCUUGAAGCACAGCUCUUUGCUGGUGGUAUUGCCGACCCACGGUCUGGCCACCGGCUGACAAUUGAUGAGGCUGUUCGUCAUGGACUUAUGGACCAGGAUUUAGCCUGUGCCAUGUUGGCACGCCAGCUGCAAAAUGGGGGAAUUCUAGACCCUUCCAGUGGAGAACGCCUGGAUUUGGAGGAGAGUAUUCGAAGGGACCUUCUCUCUUCUCAUUUGGCUCUCUUGGUCCUUGAGUCUCUCUGGAAUUUCAUGGGAAUGCUCUUACCUGAAUCUGGAGAAAUCCUGCCCAUUGUGGAGGCUCUUCAACAAGGAAUGAUCUCUGGAGAGCUAGCAAGUAACAUCCUAAGGCAGCGACAUGCCAUUGGGGCUCUAUACGACCCAGAAACCCUCAAGGUACUACCCCUGAACCAGAGUGCUGAAGAGGUUGAGCCCAGUGUAGUCAGUUCUCUCAAAGACAUCCACAUCCCAGAUGUUCUCCCCAACAUGAACCAGUCAGGUACCCCAUCUCUUAACCGUUUGAGUUGGGGUUCUGCCAGCUCUUCUCCACCUCCAUCCUCUCCAUCGCCUUCAUCAUCUCCAACAGGCAUUGUGUGGGAUGCUACACCAACAGAUGGAAUGAAUCCUGAAGAGCAAGCAAAACACAAACUGCUGUUUCACCUCAUGACUCACAGCUAUGUGGAUGCCCAUUCUGGAAAACGGUUGGUGCUGCUAGACCCUGAGCUGGUGGAGUUGUUCAAAGCUGCUGAACUGGUUGCUGGAGACUCUGUAUGUGGAUCUCAAGUUGAGCCUCUAAGCAGUUUGGCCACAGAUAAGCAGGGGAAGUUGCAAAUGGUUAGCAAAUUUAGUUUGACAGAUAAAGGGGUUAGUGACAAACAAACUGAGGUUGAAGAAGAAAGUUCCAGUGUAGUCACACCAAGCAAGGAUUUUGAGAUCAAUGGUAAAGGCAGUCUAGAAGGAAGGUACGAUGGAGAAAGUGACAACAAAUUGCAGCACAAACCAUCAGUAAUUGUAGAGAGUGGUUUAGCCUCUCCAGCUAAAGAUGGUUUAGAUAAAGAUGCAAAAGUAAAAGAUAAAAAGACAGAAAAAUCCAGUCUUGAAACUUCAGUGGCUUCAGCUAAAGAUCUUAAAGAGGAAUUAACAAAAGACUCAGAUGAGCAGGUUUCAAUUGAAUCCACGCCCAGGGAAAGUGGUCAUCAGGAGACUAGAAGUACAACCACAACAGUAGACACAAAAACAGUCACAGCACCACUCAAAUCAGAAGAAGAUGUUAAAAUGUUGAAAGAACUCAUUCUAGUCGAAGCAAAAACAAAUGACGAUGUUAGUUCAACACAAUCUGAAGAUAAGACAGAAAUAAAGCAUUCCCAGACUGAAUCAGAAAGGAUCAAACAAAAGGUGCCUAUAACAGAGACUGACUCAGAGCAUGCUAAACCUCAGGUUGAUAUCCUUGAAUCAGGAGUGGAGAAGGAGGGAGAGGAGGCUGAGUUGGAGAGGUUAGUCCUAGAGCUCAAACAGGGAGGUCUGAUGACAGAAGAUGGGGAAAAGCUGCUCCCUGAUGAAGCAGUAGCUCAGGGUGUCCUCCCUGGCCAUACUGCCGUCAAAUUAAUGGCUCAGGCAGGUCUGUUUGGAGGUUUCCUAGAUGCCAGCAGCGGUGAAUCACUUAGCAUGGAGGAUGUAAUGCAGGAGGGUUUACUAGAUGAAGAUCUGAUGUGGGGUGUUCUCAAGUCGGAUAAAACCCUUGCGGGGGUUGUGGAUGUAGAAAAAAGGCAGAUCUGUGGGGUGACCGAGGCAGCUCAGGCAGGUUUGAUUGACUCCAACACUGCUGCUCGACUUCUAGAGGCCCAGGUGGCAUCUGGCGGGAUCGUUGAUAUACGUAGGGACAAGAAAGUCUCCGUCACUCUAGCAUCAAACCUAGGAUUGAUAGAGGAGGAUCAAAGAGAAGGACUGGCGGCACUAGAGAAGGCAUACAAAGGAAAGGAUACAGAUUCAGCAGCAGCCCUAACUAAAGCCAGUUUACAGCUACAGAUGGAAGGUGUUAUUGACCCAGAGUCUAAGUCUCCAGUACCUCUGGAGCAAGCAAUUCAGAAGGGCAUAAUAAGCCCAGAAGAGGCUUAUCAAGUGUUGGCAAGGCAGGUGGCUGAAGGUGGUAUAAUACAUCAUGCUUCAGGAAUGAGGCUGUCAGUUUCUGAUGCUGUAGAUAGAGGACUAGUGGAUCGCUCUGUUGCUCCUGGGCUGGAAGAACUGGAGUGGGUCUACCAAGGAAAAGUCAGUCCUUCAUCACACCCAGAGGCAGUCACUCUCCAGGCAUCGACAGGAGCCAUUUCUGACCCUGACUCUGGAUGUAAACUGACAUUGACAGAGGCAGUUUCUAAGGGUCUUCUGGCUGAGAACAUUGCAAGUGAAGCCAUGGCUUCUCUUACAGUAACACAAGGAGUGCUUGACCCCCAAACUGUACGCAUUGUGCCUUACUCACAGCUUGUAAGCCAGGGUAAAAUAGAUAUUGAAACAGGUAAACGCUUCUUGGAGGUCAAACCUUUCAGAGGUGUUCAGAGUGAGCAAACAAGAGACAGCUUGACCCUUCCUGAGGCAGUUGCUUCUCAACAAGUUGACCCAGUUCCAGCAUUAAGGUUGCUUCAGAGCCAGGCAGACAGUGGAGGGAUCAUUGAUAUCACCAUUGGAGAAAGGCUCUCUCUACCUGAAGCCUCUCAAAGAGGUUUAGUUGAAGAGGAUAUGGCCAGGGUAAUAGCCACCAACCAGAUUGUGAAAGGGGGCUUAGUUGAUCCUGCCACUGGACAACGAGUCUCUAGUGUCAGUGAUGCUGUUGAAAAAGGACUGAUAUCCAGUGACAUGGCUUCAGAGAUUCAGGAGAAAUUGCCUUCUGUAGAGAGAGAGGGUGAUGAAGAUAGUUCUACACCUGUUGCCUCAUCACUUGGUACAUACAGCCCUGCUGUUACAUUGCCGGACAGUCCAGCAAACUCGUCAGAUGUAAAUACAGAGGUGGCUUCAAGAUCUCCACUUUUAGAGAAAGGUUUGAUAAUUACACAGGGUGAUGGAGAAACUUUGACCUCAGAAGUUUCAGAUCAGUCACUGUUUUAUGACGCUACUACAGAAGAGGACAAAGUAGAAGUGCCGGUGUCAGUGGAAGAAAAGGCUGUAAUUGAGUCAGACCAAUCCAUAGACCUCUUGUGUAAGUUUGCUAGUAAUGUUGAGAAAAGAAUUCAGCAAACCAUAGAGGAGAUAGAACCACAGAAAGACAUCAAAAAGUCAGAGCAUCUUCCUAAACAGAAGCCUGAAGAGAGACUGCAGAUAGAUGAGAGUAACACUGAUGAUAAACAAAAAGAGAGCAUUUCAAGAGAUUCUGUUGGAGAAUUAAUUCAAGCACAUGUCUACGAUACUGACAAAGAUGAGAAGGAAGACGUCAGAGAAGGGCCAGAAAUUGUAAAGUCAGAUGGGGAACCUGUGGAGGUUGAGAAAAAGGAGCGUAUAUCCAGUGGUGAGAGUACAUCACUGGUGCAUCAUGUUGUUGAAUUCGAUGAACCCCUAACAGGUUUAGUAACAACAGAGAAUAGAGAUGACAGAGAAAAUAAACACAUCAUAGAACUGUCAAAAUUGAGUGAAGAGGAAUGUAAAAAGAGUGAUGUUGCAUCAGAAAUGGAUGAUGGUGAGGGCAAAAGAGAAGAGAAAGAGAAACCUUUAAAGAUUGAGAUCAAGGCUAGUGCUGACAUUGAUCCAUCAGAUCAGUUACUGACUUCUUCAACCAAGGAGACAGAAGGCAAAAGCAAGAAAAAGAGGAAGAAUAAAAAGAAGGGAAAGGGUAAAGAGGCAGAGAGUGAAACACAGCCUACAGAGAUAAAACAUCCAUCUGAAAUUGAGCAAGUUGAUGCAGAAAUCGAAGGGCAGCCUGAGGCUACUCAUGCAUUUACGGCAGAGCUUGCAUUACAAGACAAAUACAAAACAUCGCAGAUUCAUGAUCAGGCAACUUCUGUUGUUGAGGCUGAAAAUGAUUUGGUAAAACAAGAACCCGAAGCAGUUCCACUCACUCCUCAAUUCACGGAACAUAAGCCAGAGAAGGAUGCAAUACAAUUGGAGUUACCAAAGGAUGCAGAAAAGGGUGAUAAGGGAGAGGAGAAGAAAUGGGAGAAGCAGAGAGAGGAAGUUGAGGAAGAGGAUUCUGUCUCUCAGCAACCAGAGCAAUCAGAGAGCAGUCAGGAGGUAGAGAAAAGGAAGGAGCAAGAAUUGCCUCAGAAAUCUUCUCUACCAGAUGACGAGAAAGCAGCCUUGAUACUGAAAGCCAAAGAGAGCAUUCUUAAAAAGGUGUUUGAAAAAGCAGUGAGUGAGAAGCAGGCUGCAGAGGAGCUGCAGGCAUUGCGCAAGGAGGUGGGGAAGAAGAAGAUUCCCAGCACAACUGUUAGAGAUGAAAAUGUACAAACUCCGUCAGCUAAGGCCGAUGAAGUGGAGAGUCAUGAUGUCAAAGAUGAUAGUGUUAAGAGACCCAAUGGUUCACCAAAAGAGAGUGAGGAAGAGACGAGUGUCAAAGAAGACAAAAUGGAAGUGACAGAGGUCAAACAACAUACGACUGUGGAGAAACUUUCUGUCAAGGAGGGCAUAGAGACCAAACUAUUGGAAGACGUACAAAAAGAUGUUGAGACCGCUCCAUCAGUCCAGCCUAAAGAAACCCAGCAAAGUAAAAGAAGUAAGAAAAAGAAGUCUAAGAUUCCAAAAGUAGCAGACAAAGCUCAGCCUGGUACUGACAAGUUACUCACUGACGAAAAAGUGGAUUCUGAGGCGAUGACAAAAAUCAGCACAGAAGCAAAACCAGAUUUAGAUAGCUCAGCUGAGCAGACGAACAAACAUAUUGAAACCAGUGAAGCAAUCAAACCUUCAGUUGGUGAAAAGGAAAACCAAAUGCAGACCUCUGCAAUUAACGUUAAUGGAGCUGAGGCUUCUCAACAACGUUCAUCUGAUUUAAGUCAUUCAGAGGAACCUAGUUCUCACAUUGAGGAACAGACACAGAUGACAAAAGUUACAUCUAUGGGGAAAGAAAUUCUUAAAGAACCCCAAGAGUCCCAUUCAGAAAUCAGAAAAGCUGCAGAUGCCACUGACUAUUCCCAUGAGACCCAACCUGCAGAUCAAUCUGUACCUACGGUCAUCCAACCAGAAAAAACAACUAAGAAAGGUAAAAAGAAGAAGGGGCACCAGUCACCUGAAGUUGAAAGUACCAAUGUUCCCGAAUCAAAAUCUUUAAAAGAACAACAGCCACAUGUCAAACCUGCAGAAACCGUCCUCUCAGAAGAUGCUUUAACUGAGUCUGAAUCAGCUGGGGUCCCUGAGUCUGUCACAGCCACUGAGAGUCGUAGAGAGGAGGAGGAUGACGUCAGAGAGAUUGGAGAAACUGAGUCAAACAAAGAGGGAACAACAGUUACAACUGGCAAGUCAUCAUUAAUCCGUCAGGAAUGCUUGGAACAUGACCAGCGAAUCGUAGCUCUGGUCUCCAUGGUCAGGCAUAUUGAGGUCCGACUCAAACAGCAGCAGCAGCAGUCUGUUGGCCGCAGCCUCAUUGCCUUGGAUGACAUCAUCAGACAGACUGAGACUCUGGACCUUGAACUGCGUGACUUGGAGCCUGAGAUCAACAAGGAAGUGGAGGCUGCUGAGCGGCUGUUGAAGCCCCAGCCCAAAGAUGUUCCUCCGCAGCUCCUAUUGGCCCUGGAAAAGGACGGGCGUAGUUUGGCUCGAGGGUACGAAGCUGCCAGAGCAAACUCUGAGGGCAUUCUGCAAAGCCUACGAGACCACAGAGACUCAUAUAAGGAGGCAGUAACGGCUGAACAGAAGUCGUUGGGAGAACAAGUAGAGGGCCUUCUCUCUUGGUUGAGGGAGACAGAGGCUCAGAUGAGUGGAGGAAUGGCAGGGAUGGAAAAAAUGGCAGAGAAAGAUGACAACCAUGAUCAGCUCACACAGCAGCUGCAUCUUUGCAAGGAGCUCCAGUCUUCUCUGAUGGCACGCUCCAACGAGGUCAACAAUGUGGCCUUUGACAUUCAGGUGUUCAUCUCGGAGCGGGCUCAGGACCUGGCCCCCGAGCAGAGCAGGCAGCUUCUGGGGCAGCUCCAGCAGCUGCAGAGGGCCUUCCACCGAGCGUCAGGCCAAGCCCAGGCCUGGGCUGACGCCCUCUCCGCCCAGAGAGAAAGGGAGGAGGAGUGGCAGCGCAGGGAGAGGGUGAAAGAAGAGGAGAAGGACAGAGAAAUGCAGAGUGCAAGGGAGAGAGAGGUCGUCCAACAACAGAAAGCAGAGUGUUCUCAGAAACUAGAAGGCCUUAACAUGUGGUUGGCUGGAGCUGCCAGCUUGCUGGCCAAUCAGAGAGCUGGAGCAGAGUCAGGUGAUAUGAAUGUCCUACAAGAGAAGCAGAGGAAAUUGAAGGAAGUACAGAAGGAUCUCCAGACCAAACAGGAGGGCAUAAGUGAGGCCAUCCGCUCUGUGGAGGAUUUCCUGGCAGAGCGAGGAGAAAAUCUGAGCCCAGAGGAAAAGGAGAAACUCCAGGUGGCGCUAACAAGAAUGAAGGAGCAGUACAGCGCCCUGACAGAUUCAACCAACACAUCGCUGUCAGAGCUGGACACAGCCAUCAACACUACUGUACAGCAGAACACACAAAGGGCAAAAGCAGUUGAGGAACUUCAGGAGACACAAAGCCAAAUAGACUCUCUGCUGAAUGACUUGUCCUCCCUUAACCAACCAGCCAGUAGAGGCGUUGGAUCUGGAGCAGGCCGAGAUGUUGUCGACGUAUCGUUCUCGCAGCCAGAGGGAGCUGUGAAGUCACACACAGAGAUGCUGCAGGCGGAGCUUCAGCAACUCCAGUCUCAACAGGCAAAGCUACUCCAGAUCACCCAGUCAACUCGCUCUCUUCUGGACCAACCUGACUCCACUGUUCCUCCUGAGGAGAAACAGCGUCUCCGCGCUGCCCUGGACCAGCUGCAGGCCCAGCACCAGGACAGGCUGCAGAGCUGCCAGGACCGACUGAGGAAGUCUGAGGCGCUGAAGGACGAGAUGACAAAGUUCCUCCAGGAACAUGGAAAUCUGGGUGCCUGGCUGGAACAAAGUGAGCAGGAGCUCCGUUCCCUAGGGGAAGGAGAAACCGAUGCACAAGGACUGAAGGGCAGGCUGGAGGAGCACAGAAAGCUUGCUGAGGAUGUAAUUUGCCACAAGGCGGACCUGCGGUUUGUCUCCAUCUCCGGUCAGAAGGUUCUGGACUCCGUUCAAGGAGCUCUGGAGCAAGUUGGUGGUUCAGACCCAGCUCUGCAGAGUACCAAGGAGCUGGUGACUGACAAGCUACAGGACGCCAACCACAGAUACACAACCCUACACACCAAGUCAACAGAGUUGAGCAGCCGUUUGUCCGGCCUGUUGGAGAGGUACCAGCAGUACCAGGAUGAGGUCGUCUCCCUCCACACCUGGCUCAGCACUCAGGAACAAAACCAAAGCAUAGCCAAGCCCAGUGGAGAGACAGACCCCCAGAACCUGCAGAACACACUACGACAAGUACAGCUGCUGCAGGAUGAGCUGGCUGAGCGUUCGGUGCAGCUGGAGAAGGUAAAGAGAGCAGGCAGAGAUCUGGUCAGCACAGAUGAAUCUCCCUCCCUGAAAGCUGUUGACAUCCUGUGUGCUGCAGAUGGUUUAGAGAAGAGGUUUGGCUCCCUCUCUGCAUCUGUCUCUGAGCGGGCCGAGCAGCUGCAGACAGCUGUGGCCCAGUCGGUCAGCGUCCAGGAAGGCUUGAAGGGUCUGCUGAGUUGGCUGGACAAACUGGUUCUGAAACCUGGACCAGUCGAACCCACUGCACAGGCUGUACAAGACGCUUUGACCCAGAACCAGAAAUUUCGUCAAGAGUUGCUCUCCAGGCAGGGCAGUGUGGAGGCAACGCGGGACUCUGUUUCCAAACUUCUUCAGAGCUCUGACGCUUCCACAGCCUCCGGUCUCCAGGGCGCACUAGACGAACUGACUCAACGCUAUGCUGCAGCACAAGCCAGCCAAGCGGAGAGAGAAGCUGAGCUCAAAGGGCUGUUGCCCAGGCUGGAGAGCUACGAACGGCUUGGGACGGACCUCCAGGUCUUCACCCAGAGCCAGCUGAAGGCUCUGAGCCCGGUGGGCCAGCCAGACCGCAGCGUGGAGGACUACAAGCAGACCAUUGAGGAGGUCCGGUCCGAGCUGGAGCAGGAAGCUGGCCAGCUGAAGUCCUUCUGCAACCUUGGCAAUGAGCUCAGCCAGUCCAAAGCUUUCAGCAACACACAAAGCUUACUGGAUAAUGUCAAAGGGGUGUCUGAUGAGUUCACCCAACUGGAAGCCAAUGUCAACAAAAGGUUUGCUGCCAUUCAGGCCUGUGAGCAGCAGCUGCUCCAGUUCCGCGGCCUCUCUGGCUCCCUCCUCAGGUGGCUCCAGACAGCGCAGGACCAGCUACCCUCCAAAGAGGUCGGCCUGAACACUGAAGGCCUGCAGAGAAGAGUCCAGCAGCUCAAGGACUUGCUAAAUGACUGGGAGUCACAGGGUUCCAGGGUUCAGGAGCUGAACAAGACUGGCUCAGAGUUGGAGUCCCUCAUCAUCGACAUCACCGCUCCAAAAACUAAAACUGGUGCUCCUCAAAUCAAUGGCUCAGCAGGUCCCAGCAGUGUCAAUGGCAUUCACACCUGUAAAGACCUAACAGAGCUUCAAGUAGCCGUAUCUGAUGUGAACGGUCGAUAUGACACGCUGGGCAGGGAGUUGAAGGACCGUCUCGACCGCCAGCAGGCCUCGCUGGAGCUGAGGCAGAAGGCCAGACAGGGCACAGAGGAGCUCAAGAGCUGGCUGACUGACAGGGAGCACAGCCUGAAACAGGGACAGACCGCCUCCCCCUCCAAACCAGAGGCGGUACGAGCCCAGGCCCAGGAGAACAAGGCCCUGCUCUCGGAGCUGGCUGAGCACUCCGGGAAGGUAGACGAGCUGAAAAGCACGCUGAAGAAGCUGAUCGCUGACAACCCCGACUCUCCCGAGGCAGACACCUGGAGACAACAGCUGCAGGAGAUCGACUCCCGUUGGCAGACAGCCAAUCAGACAGCAGUCCAGAGGCAGACUGAGCUGGAAACAUGUGCCGACAGGCUGGGCAGUUUCGCCUCAGCAGCCAAUCAGCUGGGCCCGUGGCUGAGGGAGAAGGAGCUAAUGAUGAGCGUGCUGGGACCACUGAGUAUCGACCCCAACAUGCUCAACACACAGAAACAACAAGUGCAGUUUAUGCUGCGUGAGUUUGAGACCCGGAGGCCACAGUUUGACCAGUUGACCCAGUCCGCCGAGGGUAUCCUCUCCCAGACUGGCGACUCCGCCCAAGACCCUAAAGACCUGUCGGAUGUCCAGGCUGAACUGGGCUCCAUCUCCCAGCAGUGGGAGGACCUAACAAGCCGACUGACCCAGAGGUCAAACCACAUCGACCAGGCCCAAGGAACCAGCGAACGCUAUCAGGCUUUGCUCAAAGAGCUCUCUUCAAGUGCUUCUGCUCUGGGUGAGAGGCUCGAUGCUCAGGCCUCGCUUAGCGCUCAGCCCGAGGCUUUAAAACGCAGCCUGCAGGAAACCGGAGAGAUCCGCUCGGAGCUGGAGAGACAGCGGACUGAGCUGGCGGAGGCUGAGAGGCUCUGCCAGGAGCUGAGCACCAUCGUGGCUGAACCAUACCUGAAGGAAGAGCUCAGUAAACGACUGGAGAGUGUCAGCGGGCCACUGAGGAGUUUAGAGGAGCGCGCAGCUGACGGCCUGUCUCAGCUCCAGGCCGCCCUGUCCUCCACCCAGCAGUUCCAGCAGAUGUUUGAGGAGUUGCGCUCCUGGCUCGACAAGCAGGCAGAUCCCAGAGAAUCAUCCACAGACUCCCUGCCCUGCAAGCCGGAGGCCAUCCGCUCCCUGCUGGCACAGACAGAUGAGCUCCAGCGUGGUAUUGCCAGUCAGCGAGGUUCCUAUGAGCUGAUUCAAGCUGAGGGAGCGUCACUGCUUGCCACUCUCCCAGCAGGAGGAGAUGAACGGUCUGCCCUGCAGUCCCGUCUGGCCUCCUUGCGACAGGACUGGGAGGGGCAGAACCAGAGAAUCUCAGACCGUGAGAGCAGACUGAAGGCCACUCUUAGCAAAGCAGAAACCUACCAGCAGCACAAGACCGAGCUGAUACCGUGGGUAGCAGAGUGUGAACAGAAGGAUGGAGAGAUUCAGCCAUCGCUGGAUUCAUCCGCCCUUGAUGAAGCCUUGCAAAAGGCUCGAGGUUUGUCACUGGACCUCGAGAGGCGACAACCCCUUCUGGAGGCCUUCAAUACUGCAGCUGAUCUGCUGCUGGAGCAGUGCUGCAUCGGGGAGGAAGAGGUACGAGAUGAGAAGGCCCAGCUGAACCGUAAGGUGGACGGACUGGGUGAGAGGCUUCAUAACCGCACCUCCCAGCUGGAGGAGCUGGCUGGUCGUCUGAAGGAGUUUGAAGAGGGCAGACAAGCUGUGGAGAGGAGGCUGGAGGCCGCAAAGCACCAGAUUGAAGUCCAGGAGGCUUUAGGACCUCAGGCAUGUACCGCUAAAAGCUUGGAGCGGCUGAGAAGUCAGCAGGACAGCUUGAGGUCCUUGCAGCCUCAGGUGGUCUACCUCAGAGACCUGGCCCAGGGGCUGGUGCAGGAUGCACCCCAGAAACCAGGAGGCAGCACUGAAGGAGCACAGAAGCUUCAGGAGCAAGCCAAAGACACCGAGAAAGAGUAUGAAGAUGUUACUGACAAGAUCGAGCAGUGCUGCUCCUCCCUGGAGUCUCGGCUGCAGGGCGUCGGCGAGGUCCAGUCUCACGUCCGGGAUGUCUUCUCGCGCCUUGCUGACCUUGAUGACGAACUGGACUCCCUCAGUCCUGUUGGACGUGACGCAGACUCUCUAGCCUCUCAAGCGGACGCCCUCAAGGGCUUCCUGUCCCGUCUGACCAACCUCAGGUCGGAGCUGGAAGGACAUUCGUCAGAGUGCACCACCAUGCUUCGCCGGGAGGGCUCCUCCCCUGACCUCCUGGCUCUCAGGAGGGAGACAGAGGCUUUGAGUCGCCAGGCAGGAAAGCUGAGCGAGCGAGGUCAGGCCAGGCUGGACCAGAUCGAGGACGCUGCUGACAGGGUUCGGGAGUUCUACAGGCAGGUGGCCGAGCUGCAAGGCCUGCUGGGAAGAGCGGAAGAGGGGCUGAACGCGCAGGGCAUGGUCGGCACAGAGGUGGAGAUGAUCAAGCAGCAGCUGCAGGAGUUCAAGGCGGUGGAGAGAGACCAGGUGGACAGCAUUCAGCCGAAGCUGCAGCACGUCAACGCGGUGGGUCAGGGUCUGAUCCAGAGCGCAGCCAAACAUACGGACACCCAGGCGCUGGAGCACGACCUGGAGACCACCAACCUCCGAUGGAACUCACUCAACAAGCGGGUUGCAGAGCGGAUUGCCCAGUUACAGGAAGCCCUGUUGCAUUGUGGGAAAUUCCAGGAUGCUCUGGAGCCUCUGCUCAGCUGGCUGAGCGACACAGAGGAGCUGGUGGUCAAUCAGAAACCUCCAUCUGCAGAGUACCGCGUGGUCAAGGCCCAGAUCCAAGAACAAAAGCUGCUCCAGAGAUUAUUAGACGACCGCAGGCCGACGGUGGAGAUGAUCCGCGCUGAGGGAGAGAGGAUCGCAGUCACAGCGGACACUCAGGACCAAGAGAAGAUCCAGAUCCAGCUCCAGAGUCUGGCAGAGAGGUGGACUGACCUGCUAGACAAGGCCAGCAGCAGGCAGCGGCAGUUGGAGGAGCUGCAGGUUUUGGCUCUUCAGUUCCACGAAGCCCUGGAGCCGCUGGGGGAAUGGCUGAGCGCCACCGAGAGACGCCUGAGCUCCGCCGAGCCCAUGGGAACCCAGACGGCCAAGAUCACCCAGCAGAUCGUCAAGCACAAGGCGCUCCAAGACGACGUGUCCUCACGUGAAGCUGAGGUUGACCACCUCGAGUCCCUCAGCCAAUUGCUGACCCCGCUCAGCUGUGCGGCCGACCGCGAUUGGUUAAGCGAGCGCGUCGGGGCGGUGAGGUCGGGUCACUCUGAGCUCGCUGAGUGGUGCUCCAGGCGGGCCGGCAUGCUGGAGCAGGCGCUGGCCAACGCUCAGCUGUUCGGAGAGGAUGAGGUAGAGGUGCUGAACUGGCUGGCGGAGGUGGCUCAGAGGCUGUCUCAGGUCUCCGUCCAGAGCUACCAGCCUCAGCUGCUAGCCGAGCAGCACAAACACACACUGGCUCUAAACGAGGAGAUUGUUAGUAGGAAGAAGACAGUUGACCAGGCCAUCAAGAAUGGACAAGCCUUACUGAAACAGACCACAGGUGAGGAGGUUCUCCUGAUCCAAGAGAAGCUGGACGGCAUCAAGUCUCGCUAUGCUGAGAUGACGGCCGGCAGCAGCAAAGCCCUCCGCACCCUGGAGCAGGCCCUGCAGCUGUCCACCAGAUUCGCCAGCGCUCACGACGACAUCAACCAGUGGCUGGACGGCGUGGAGGCGGAGCUCAACAGUGUGGAGCCUGAUGCACUUCCUGCCUACCAGGAAAGACAGAAGGAGCUGAAGAAAGUGUCGGCAGAGAAGCGUCUGGUGCUGGACACAGUGAACGAGGUGGGCAGCGCCCUGCUGGAUCUGGUGCCGUGGCGAGCCCGCGAGGGUCUGGACCGCUUGGUCGCUGAUGCGAACCAGCGAUACCGCCAGGCUGCUGAAACCAUCAACCAACGUGUACAGCUGGUACAGGCCGCCAUCCAGAGAUCACAACAGUAUGAGGAGGCGGUGGAUGCAGAGCUGGCCUGGGUCGGGGAGACGGAGCGCAAGUUGGCGUCUCUCGGUCCCCUCAGCCUGGAGCCUGACGUGACUGUAGCCCAGAUGCAGGUGCAGAGGGCCUUCAAUAUCGACAUCAUCCGUCACAAAGACACUGUGGAUCAGCUCCUCGGCACCAGAGACGACAUCCUGGAAACCUGCAGCGACGCCCAAAAGGAUGCACUGAUGGUGAAGACAGAUUCUCUGAGUGCUCGUUACGAUACAGUGAGCCAGAGCCACAGCGAGCGGUUCGCUGCUCUCGAGCAGGCCCAGAUUUUGGUCGCUCGGUUCUGGGAGACUUACGAGGAACUGGAGCCGUGGUUGGGCGAGACCGAAACCCUCAUCACCCAGCUGCCGCCACCAGCCAUCGACACUGACGCUCUACGACUGCAGCAGGACCAGAUGAGGCUGCUCAGAGAGUCCAUCGCAGAGCACAAACCCCACAUCGACAAGCUGAUGAAGAUCGGACCCCAGCUGGCCGAGCUCAGCGUCCAUGAGGGUGCGACGGUGACGCAGCGCUACACCGAGGCAGAGAGACGCUACCUGGCCAUCAAAGCGGAGGUCAAGGGUCGUGCAACGGCCCUAGACGAGGCAGUGUCCCAGUCUGCACAGCUGGUAGAGUUUCACGACAAGAUGGACCCCCUGUUGGAGACCUUGGAGGGGGCGGUUCAGCGGCUGCGGCAGCCUCCCCCGGUGGCGGCGGAGGUAGAGAAGAUCAGGGAGCAGCUGGCGGAGCACCGGUCUCAGGGGCUGGAGCUGGACAAACUGCUGCCAAGCUUCUCCGCCCUCUGCGCCCGCGGAGAGGAGCUCAUCGGCCGAGCUGCUCACGACGAUCCUGCUGCCCAGGCUGUUCGUUCCCGCCUCCUGCGCCUCCGUUCUCUGUGGGAUGAGAUCCGUCAGCGGGCCGAGGAGAGGGAAGGAAAGCUGAACGACGUCUUGGACCUGGCUGGGAAGUUCUGGGCCGAUGUGGCGGCGCUACUGAGCACGCUCCGAGACUCCCAAGAUAUUGUGAAAGAGCUGGAGGACCCCGGUGUGGACCCAUCACUCAUCAAACAACAGAUUGAGGCUGCUGAGGCCAUCAAGGCAGAGACGGACGGCCUGAGGGAGGAGCUGGAGUUUGUCAGGACCCUCGGGGCUGACCUCAUCUUCGCCUGCGGUGAAACUGAGAAACCUGAGGUCAAGAAGACCAUAGAUGAGAUGAACGCUGCCUGGGAGGGCCUGAACCGCACAUGGAGAGAGAGGAUGGAGAGACUGGAGGAGGCCAUGACCGCCUCUGUGCAGUAUCAGGAUGCACUGCAGUCCAUGUUUGACUACCUGGACAACGCAGUGAUCAAACUGUGUGAGAUGUCGACAGUGGGAACUGACCUGGGAACCGUCAAACAGCAGAUUGAAGAGCUCAAGCAGUACAAGGUGGAGGUUUACCAGCAGCAGAUUGACAUGGAGAAGCUGUGCCACCAGGGGGAGCUCCUGUUGAAGAAAGUGUCAGACCAGACAGACAGGGACAUGAUCCAAGAGCCGCUGACCGAGCUCCGACACCUCUGGGACAACCUGGGGGAUAAAAUCACCCAGAGACAGCACAAACUGGAGGCUGCCCUGCUGGCUCUGGGUCAGUUCCAACAUGCCCUGUCUGAGCUGCAGGCCUGGCUGAACCACACACACACCACCCUGGACACACAGCGACCAGUCAGCUCUGAUCCCAAGGCCAUCGAAAUUGAGCUGGCUAAACACCACGUUUUGCGUAACGAUGUGCUAUCCCAUCAUGCCACGGUGGAGACUGUGAACGGUGCUGGCGCUGAGCUUCUGGAGUCGUCUCCCGGUGACGAGGCCAGCCACCUGAGGGACCAGCUGGAUCAGCUCAACCAGAGCUGGCAGAGCCUGCUGCUGAAGACCCAGGAGAGGCAGAAAUUACUGGAGGCCGCCCUGCACCAGGCGGAGGGUUUCCAUGGCGAGUUGGAGGAGUUCCUCCAGUGGCUGAGGAGGACGGAGAGCCAGCUGUCUGCUGCCAAACCGACAGGCGGUCUCCCCGAAACGGCCAGGGAGCAGUUACAGCAACAUAUGGAGCUUCAAGCCCAGCUGACUCAGCGAAGCGACCAGUACAACCGGCUGCUGGAUCAAGGAGAGUCCAUGCUGCUGGCUCGCGGAGGUGAGGAAGCAGGACCAGGUACCACCCAGACCCAGCAGAACCUGGCCAUGCUGCAGAACAAGUGGGCCAGCCUCAACACCAAGAUGGACGACCGCAGGGCAAAGCUGGACGAAGCCGUUUCCUUGGCGACGGGUUUCCAGACCUCACUGCAGGACACCAUCAACUGGCUGACUCAGGCUGAACAGACCCUGAACAUGGCCCAACCCCCCAGCCUCAUGCUGGACACCGUCCUCUUCCAGAUUGAUGAGCACAAGGUAUUUGUGAAUGAGGUGAACACCCACAGAGAGCAGGUCCUGGCUCUGGAGAAGGCCGGCUCUCAGCUUCGCUUUGCCAGCCUGAAGCAGGAUGUGGUUCUCAUUAAGAACCUGCUGCUCAGCGUCCAGGCCCGCUGGGACAAGCUGGUCCAGAGGUCACUGGACCGCGGCCGACACCUCGACGAGGCACGCAAACGGGCCAAACAGUUCCACGAAGCCUGGAGGAAGCUGACAGACUGGCUGGAAGAAGCCGAGAAAAGACUGGACUCAGAGCUGGAGAUCUCCAACGAGCCAGACAAGAUCAAAGUACAACUGGCCAAACACAAGGAGUUUCAGAAAGCUUUGGGAUCAAAGCAGCCAGUUUAUGACACAACAGUGAGGUCUGGGAGAGCCAUGAGGGACAAGGCCCAGCUGCCAGCAGACACCCAGAAACUGGACCACCUGGUGGGAGAGGUCCGUGACAAGUGGGACACCGUCUGUGGCAAGAGCGUGGAGAGACAACACAAGCUGGAGGAGGCUCUGCUGUUCUCAGGCCAGUUUGCAGAGGCUCUCCAGGCGCUGGUGGACUGGUUAUACCGGGUGGAGCCUCAACUAGCUGAAGACCAGCCCGUCCAUGGAGAUCUUGAUCUUGUAUCCAACCUCAUGGACUCGCAUAAGGCUUUCCAGAAAGAGCUGGGCAAGAGAACCAGCAGCGUUCAGGCUCUGAAGCGUUCUGCUCGGGAACUGAUGGAGACCGGCCGCGAUGACACAGCGUGGGUCAAAGUUCAGGUUCAGGAGCUCAGCAACCGCUGGGAUACGGUGUGCGCCCUGUCAGUCACCAAGCAGACCCGCCUCCAACAGGCCCUCAAACAGGCGGAGGAAUUCCGUACAGCGGUCCAGAUGCUUUUGGAGUGGCUGUCGGAGGCGGAGCAGACCCUUCGUUUCCGCGGCGUACUUCCCGAGGAGGCAGAGACUCUGCAGGCGCUGCUGCACACACAUCGUGACUUCAUGGGAACGGUGGAGGAGAAGAGAACUGAUGUCAACAAGGCUGCUGGCCAGGGAGAGGCCAUCCUGACUCUCUGCCACCCCGACUCCAUCACCACCAUUAAACACUGGAUCACCAUCAUCAGGGCACGCUUCGAAGAGGUGUUGACAUGGGCGAAACAGCACGAGCAGCGGCUGGAGACGGCUCUGACCGAGGUGCUCAACAACGCCAACCUUUUGGAAGAGCUGUUGUCAUGGCUACAGUGGGCUGAGACCACACUGGUCCAGAGAGACACCGAGCCCCUCCCUCAGGACAUCCCACAACUCAAAACACUCAUCACAGAACACCAGAUGUUUAUGGAAGAGAUGACGAGGAAGCAGCCGGACGUUGACAAAGUGACAAAGACUUACAAAAGAAAACCAGCUGAACCUCCCAGCAGCCUGGCUGAGAGGAGAGGAGCUCGAAAACAACAACAGCAGCAACAACAACAGCAGCAGCAGCAGGCGGCCAUGCAGCUUUCAGGGGGAAACCCGCGACUCAACCAGCUCUGUGCCAGGUGGCAACAAGUGUGGCUGCUGGCUCUCGACCGCCAACGCAAGCUCAACGACGGUCUGGACAGGCUGGAAGAGCUCAAAGAGUUUGCCAACUUUGACUUCGACGUGUGGAGGAAGAAGUACAUGCGCUGGAUGAACCAUAAAAAGUCUCGUGUCAUGGACUUCUUCAGACGCAUCGACAAGGAUCAAGAUGGAAAGAUCACGCGGCAGGAGUUCAUCGACGGCAUCCUGGCCUCAAAGUUCCCCACCAGUAAGCUGGAGAUGACAGCGGUCGCAGACAUCUUUGACAGAGAUGGAGACGGUUACAUCGACUACUACGAGUUUGUUGCCGCUCUGCAUCCCAACAAAGACGCCUACAGACCCACCACUGACGCUGAUAAGAUAGAGGACGAGGUGACUCGGCAGGUCGCUCAGUGUAAAUGUGCCAAGAGGUUCCAGGUGGAGCAGAUAGGAGAGAACAAAUAUCGGUUCUUCCUCGGAAACCAGUUCGGAGACUCUCAGCAGCUGCGUUUGGUGAGAAUUUUGCGCAGCACGGUGAUGGUGAGAGUCGGAGGCGGUUGGAUGGCUCUGGAUGAGUUCCUGGUCAAAAAUGAUCCGUGCAGAGUGCAACAUCCAGGACUUAAGAUUCUCCGCUCCGAUUCGAGUAGCUCCAUCUCAUCUCGUAUAGCUCGUGGUCGCACCAACCUGGAGCUGAGGGAGAAGUUCAUCCUUCCCGAAGGAGCGUCUCAGGGUCUGGCCGCCUUCCGCUCCCGGGGCCGACGAUCCAAGCCGGGUUCCCGCAACGCCUCGCCCACCCGCUCCUCCUCCUCAGCCUCACACAGCGGCGCCUCUCUCCCCUCUGUCCCUUCCACCCCUGCCACGCCUACAGCCUCAGCAUCAUCCAGGUCCUCCCAUACUCACUCGCGUGACUAUGCCAAGCCCUGGCUGGCACACAGUAAAACUCCAACGCCAACCAAGUGCCACUGCUGCCCAGAUCUCGGUCACAGCCACACCACUCCUGGGCACGAGGGGGCGGCGUCAGGGUCCAAACUGAAGAGGCCGACCUUCCACUCGAGCAGAGGCUCGCUGACCGGAGAGAACGGAGGAACGACGCACAGCGGCAAACGAACCGAUCCGAAGCGAGGUGCGUCUACAGCCAGCGGUCCGACCAGCAGAGCUGGCAGCCGGGCGGGAAGCAGAGCCAGCAGUCGCCGCGGCAGCGAUGCUUCAGACGCAUCAGAGCUCCAGGACGCUCGCUCCGUCUGCUCUGACACUUCGGACACCCCGAGGCGACCCGGCAGCGGGGCCAAACCCUCCAAGAUCCCCACCAUCUCCAAGAAGGCCCCCAGCCCAAAGACCCCGGGGUCUGCGAAGAAAUAAAAAACCAGCCAGUCAGAGAGAAUGAGACCACAGAGAGACUGGAGCAGAACCGUUACUCCUCCGUUUCACAGAGGAUGUUCUGCUAUCGUCGGUCGUCUCGGAUGUACCAGCUCUCCGAUCUCAACAUCCAUCCAUAGGGCUUGUGUAGAAUUUGUGCACUAUGAUUGAUAUUUAACAGGGGAAAGGAGGAGAUGGAUAAGAUAAGUGAAUCUCCUUCUCACUCUUUCCUCUUUUUGUCAUGAACGGACUGAAAACAAGAGGAGAAUGAUUCUGAGUCUGUGGGGUCGAAAACCGACUUUUCCCCUUUAAGAAGUGACCUCAGUUUGCCUUCCAGUCUCCUGCUUCUUCUUUCAAACGUUCCCCCUUCAGCGUGGAACCAAACACCAACCGACUUGACGUGAUGCUGCCUUAUUUUGUGUUACACACUUCUGUCCCGAUCACAGACGGAGCAACAGAGAAAGACUUUAAACUGUUUUUUUACCACAUUGACACACAAACACACACACAUUUUAACAAAGAGGCGGGGUAAGGAGUGGGAUCCACCACCACCACCACCACGACUACAAAAACAAAAAAAGCUCAAAUGGCAUUCAGGAAAAAAAAAAAAAAAAAAAAAAGAAUUGUGGGUUAUUAUUUUGGCUUGUGGGCCAGAUGCCUCAACGAUGAGUUAAAAAAGAAAAUAUGCAACGACUGCCAUGUCGCUUCCCCAUGGGCUGGUUGGCGAGAAAAAGAGUCACCUCAGCAGAUCUCUGGAGGCAAAGACACCACAUGUGGAGAGCUCAGGAGGCGGGAAACGCUGCCCCAUACACACACACACACACACACACACACAGAGACACACAAACACACAAACACCGGCUGAACUCAGACUCAGAGGAUCGGUGGUGGUGACGGUGGCGGUCGUGGUGCUGCUGCAGCUGAGGGCAAACACUCACACAAUCAAACACCGCAAAGCAGACUCCUCCCGACCGCUGGAACGUUAAGAUCAGCCCUGUGUGUGCAUUUCAGCAAAGGGCGGUGUGGUUUUGUCACAUGCCGGCGUAACAAUCCCGACACACACAAAAAAAAAAAAAUCACAAACUGGCAAUAGAAAGGACUAUUUUUAUGGUGACACACUUAACUAACAGCACAUUACUGACAAUAUACAACAUGUGUAACCUAACCCGAUGUUAAUGACCGUGUUCACAGAGUUCGACAACCAGCAUGCACUAAUUGUCUCUUCCUCUGCAGUUCCACCUUAACGUCUACGGCUGCAGUUGCCCUUAGCAACCCAGCGGCACACACACACACACACACACACCCUCACACGCACACAAGGUGGUGUGUUAUCGUGUGUCUUUUUUGUCACAUGUUACAAGGAAAUUAUAGAGGUCAUUGACUUGAGUCACUGUAUGCAAAAUUUUAAUUUGCGAAUGUCUUUUUUUUUUUUUUUCUCGUUGUUUUCUGGUUUAAUUUAUAAUCCAGUUGUACUUUUGUUAACUAGCUUGAGAGAAAAAUCUAUUUAUUUUUCAGUUUCAUGUCAUAUCACCAUUCGCAGAGAGUGAUUUAGUAUUAUGGUUAAAGAAUUUGUGAUUUUUUUUGUACCAAGGAAAUGUCUGCUCCACUCUUUUGACAUUAUUUGUGUGUAAAGUGUGUUUCUACUUCAUUGUAACAUUACAUUAUUCACUAGGUCGCUGAUUCUCGUGGCAGCCUUGUUUUUUCGUUCUCUUUUUUGCUAAUGACUACAUUUCCCAGACCAUGACCAAAGGGGUUUGCCCUUUAUAUGUAGAGAGAACUACAAAUAUGAAUGACAGGGUACCUGGGCAGAGUGGACCAAUGAGAGCAGAUUUCCUCCUUCAUGUCCCUCCCCAGUGUCUCUUCUUCUAGGCUUUUUUUCAAAUGCCCCGUCGUCGGCGGGGCGGAGUUGUCUCUGUGUUAUCUCAGUGUAAGAGAUGAAGUUUAUGAAAACCUAGUGAAAUUACAGUAAGAAAGAAGACAUCAUAAGGUGAUUUUUAUUUAUUUAUUGUCUCUCUGAGGGGGGGGGGGGCGGGGGAGGGGAAGGGGAGGGGGGGAUUCGGGGUGCAGGAGACGAGUCCACCACCUUUUUGAUGCUGUGCUACUCUCUGUGUGAUGAUGAGAACAUGGAGGGAGGGAGGGGUGUUACUAGGAGUCAAUUGUGUAAAAGUAAAACAAAAAACUAAAAUUAUAAACAUUUUUUUGUUCUGUUUUUGUAUUAAAAAUAUGCUUGCAGUAAUACUGUCUCUUGCCAUUGAUUUGUUUGCUGCUGUGACUGUGUGUGAACGUAUGUGUGCUGUAUGUAGAAGAUGGAUAUAUCAGAGCUGAGAGUCAAAUCAUCAUUGUUUUGAUGCAAAAGUGUCACAAUUCACUGAAUAUUUGUUGUGUUUUUUUGUCUUCUAUGAUAGUAAAUUGAAUAUCUUGCAUGUUUUGGACUGUUCGUCAGACUAAACAUGCAACAUGAAGACAUCAGCGUGGCCUCUAGGAACUUUUGAAAGCCACUUUUCUGCAAUUUUCUGCAAUUUUAUAGACUUAAAAAUGA